UAUAUAUAUAUAUAUAUAGCUGUAAGCAUGCGAACGUUAAAGGGUGAAGGUUUCAUGUGAGAGAGGACGCUAAAGGCACGCCCCCAAUAUUGUUGUCCGGGUGGAAAUCGGGAGAAAUUCGUGAGAAUGGUUGCCCCGGGAGAUUUUCGGGAGGGGCACUGCAAUUCGGGACUCUCCCGGUAAAGUUGUGAGUGUUGGCAAGUAUGUGACAGUUUGUCGACAUCGACGACGUGGUGGCAUUAUUUUUGGACCAGGCUGUGGUCCCUUUCCCAUUGUUGUGGUAUAUGUUAAGUAUCUGCAAGCACACGUGCAGAUUACGUGUGCCUAAAUGUUUGAUAUACUUUUUUGUAUUAGCACUAGUUUGUUUUAAGUCCGAUGUACUUGUGACUUUUAUAUGCACCUGGCGGUAGAUCUGUCAAGAAUUGCUCUUGUUUAAAGUUGUGUACAUACAAUCAUAACUAGGACGUUGUCAAGAGACCACUGCAAUUAGUUGCAGUCAUGGAAAGUGAUGUUUUUUUGUUGUUAAUUUGUAUUAUUUUGUAGCAUUUUUAUGUCUGUGACCUUGCAGAGGCUAUUCUUUUACACUUAUUAUGUCUGUGUCUUUAUUUCUUAUUAUAUUUUGUAUUCAAUGUGACAAAUAAAAACGUUUUGCCAAGCCUCCCUGCUCCAUCAAACACUUAUUUAAAUCUAUUUUUUUCAAUCAGAGCACUUUCCCAAGCUUUUAUGUCCUCUGAUGCGACACACCUGUGGGCGUGGCUUGUGACGUCACCGUAACGGAAGUAGUUGACGGAUACGCCGCUCAUGUUUUAAUAAAGAAAACGUCACUUUUGCCGACACGCUAUUGAUGACGUAAUGACAAGAACACCACCACAACGCUAUUGUGUGAAUAGCACACAAAAUAAAAGCGCAAUUAAUUGGUCAUACUAACCUGAAAGUGCCUUACAAGUGUUCCGGCGUUACGUAAAGUAGUUCCAGUAGAACAACUCGCUGUCCAAUCCCAUUAUGUCUUUUUCGGGUAAUUUAUCGCAUCUUAAAAUGGAAAAUAAAUAAUUGUCUUUGUUAUCUGAAUUGUUAAGUGGAUUGGUAAGUAAACAAGCACGCUAAAUUGACCGAACGACCACUGCGUAUGUGCCGCGUCACCGUAGCAUAUUACUACGCCACUCGGCUGACUGAAUACCGGAAGAUACAAGCUACGUCAUCGUUUAGCCCGCUAAUUAUUGACAUUAUGUCAUUUCUAGCGAUAAUGAAUCGAUAUAAAAAGUCAGUAGUUGUCUUACAUUAGACAACCUUCUCCGAGAGCAAAUGGCUGCAAUGAAGAAGAAGAUCACGCCACCCAAGUAGAGCCACGUGACUCCUCCCUGCCCCAUCAGCCGGAAAAUGGGAGGGAAACUCUCAUUAUUAUCUCAAGAAGUGUCUUCAGUAAUCAUGCCAAUGUUUCGCAGCCCACAUACUGUUACGCCUGUGCGGGUGUCAAACCCUUCAGUGGAUCCCAGGUGUGUGUUUGGCAUUUCCCUGGAGACGUUGAGAAGAAACGGGCAGAUGGUACACGGAAUACCACUCGUGUUGCGAGACAUGGUCCAGUUCUUGGAGAAACAUGGAAUGGAGUAUCGGGGUCUUUUUCAGGUGUGUGGCUCCGUGGUGAGGAUCCAUCAGCUGAGGCAGCGGUUUGACCGUGGCGAGAUUGUCAACCUGGAGAUGGAACAAGUGCCCAAUGUGGCGUCGCUCCUGAAACUCUUCUUUCAAGAACUGCCUGAACCGAUCGUGCCAGAGUACCAACGCAGACUUCUGGUCCAGAGCUUCAGAGGCAACGCAGACGAGGCCGAGUUGAACAUGUCGCUGAAAAAGCACCUUUGUCGCAUCCCGGACGACAACCUCACCGUCUUGUCCUACUUCACCAACUUCCUGUCCAGAGUGGCCGCUUCCAGUCAGUUCAAUCGCAUGACGGUGGAUAACCUCGCCACCAUUUUUGGACCUUGUAUCUUUCACGUUCGAGCAGGACCAAAGAUGCUGGAGGAGCAGAGAGUGUGCAACACUGUGUUGGUCCAUCUCUUCAGGAAGCACAAGAUCCUCCCCCGGCCUCCUUUCAUCACCGGACCACCCUCUCCCUCGUCUUUGGCCCCCCUCUGAGGUGACCCUUUGUAUGUUUUGUAAAUACUCGGACAUGGGUAGCUGGAAGUUAUUGAAGACACUCGCAUUGAAAGCAAGUGGCAAGCGUCCUGAAUUGAGAGAGUGCAAGUUCCUGUGGCUCACAAGACUCAGGGAGUUAAGAUAAGCGUGAAGAAAUUCAUCAUG